CCACCUAGCGGUCACCUGUGGUCAAUUCAGGACCCGCUGUGAUAGGCUAGGAUUGGUGUUACUGGAUUAUCGAUCCAUCACCUCCCAGAUUGAUGUUAUUGAUUACUGAUGUGGUUCUUAUGAUGAGGACUCUGGGCAUUCCUGGUGCAUUCCAGAAGUCCCUCAUGUCUCCUAUUCCUGACCACUCUUCCUUGACCUCGAUGAAAACGUCACUGAGGUCAAGGAAAGGUGAGAAGGAGAACUGCUGAGGACUUAGGAAAAGAGAAGAGGCGUGCACUGAGAACUGGAACGACCUUACACUGGUGUCUCUUAACAGGAAGUCCGCCGUGUUGAAACUACAAUGUGCAGAAGACGAACUACAAAAGGCUGGUCUAGCUUCACCACAGUGUGUGUUCUUGUUUUAUGGAGGUCAUCGAAACGAUAACAGCCUGUAAAACAUAUCUUUCAUUCCAAAGGCUGGUGUUUUAAAGGAGGACGAACAUUUACUGCAAUACUACUAAAAUGAUGAUAUUACUAAAACUUAAAACUCUUCAUCAGUGUCACGCUGAGCGUUCAGAGGCGAGCCCACUUAUUGGUCCUCGGUAACUGUUUCCAUGAAACAGCAGAAAUGAAGUGAACUCAGCUUCUGUUUCUCAGCAGCGCGCACACGGCGAGCGACGUCUCUCUGCUCAGUCUGGAGCUAAUAAAACGCUCAGUGUGUCCGAUUAAUGCCUGAAUGAAACUAAGAAGCCACGCGGACGUUUACCCGCGUGCCACAGUAACCAUGGUAACUGGGACGGUGAUCUGAAGGAAGUUCCUCCUCCAACAUGGCUGACCCCUGGCAGAACGCCAUGGACCACGCUGUCGCCGUGGCACGAAAAGCUGGAGAGGUGGUGUGUGAGGCUCUGCGUGGCGACAGGGCCGUGAUGACGAAGAGUUCGGUGGUGGAUUUGGUGACGCACACCGACCAGAAGGUGGAGCAGCUCAUCAUCCAGUCAGUGAAGGAAAAGUUCCCCACCCACAGGUUCAUAGGGGAGGAGUCAGUGGCUGCAGGUGAGCCCUGCGUCCUCUCUGACUCGCCCACCUGGAUCAUCGACCCCAUCGAUGGCACGACCAACUUUGUUCACGCAUUUCCUUUUGUUGCCAUUUCCAUCGGAUUCGCCAUCAACAAACAGGUGGAGUUUGGCGUCGUGUUCAGCUGUGUGGAGGACAAGAUGUUCACGGCGAGGCGGGGAAAGGGAGCGUUCUGUAACGGCGGGCCGCUGCAGGUGUCCCGGCAGGAAGCCGUGGAACAGGCGAUGGUGGCCACGGAGUUUGGAUCGAACAGAGACGCCGACGUUGUUGAUAAAAUCUUCCAAAGCCUCCGAAACAUCCUCUGCCUCCCCGUUCACGGGGUGCGCGGGGCGGGUUCCGCCGCCAUCAACAUGUGUCUGGUGGCGUCGGGCUGUGUGGAGGCGUACUACGAGAUCGGGAUCCAUGUUUGGGACGUGGCUGCCGCGUCGUUGAUCGUGUCCGAGGCUGGCGGCGUGCUGAUGGACGUCGAAGGUGGCGACGCGGACCUGAUGUCCAGGAGGAUCAUCGCCGCUAACAGCAAAACAAUCACAGAGCGACUCGUCAAAGCGAUCGUCCCCUUCAGCUUGCCCAGAGACGACGCCGCACCACCGAAGAAGAGCUGAACACACACUGACAGGUGUGAGAAGGAGCACACCUUCCUGUUUGGAAAGUUUAAAUAAAGUUUUCUAUAAAAGCA